ACUAUUGAUGACAUCGAAAAUAGGUAUUCUACAAUAAACGUAAUUUAGAAGCAAUUAGUCGCACACCUACACAGAUCGACACAUUCCUAUAAAUAAAUGAACAUUUUAAAUUGUCUCUAUUUCUGAAGUAGUUUCCUGGUAGCAACGGUCUCAGAAUAAAUCCAAGGAUGAAAGUCCUUAUACUGUUUGCGUUAUGCGCCUUAGCAGCGGCAGAGGAUUACUAUACCACAGGGAACGAUUACCUGGAUGUAGACGCAUUCUUUGCCGACAAUAAAUUACCAAAAGAGUAUAUGGAGUGCUAUAUGGACAGAGGACCAUGUCCAGAACUGGCUGCCAGUUACAAAAAAAUAAUCCCCGAGGCAGUUGAACAGGCAUGCAAGAAAUGUAGCUCACCUCAGAGGCAUAUAUUCGGGAAGUACCUCCAAGGCUUAAAAACACUGUACCCUGAAGAUUACCAAAACUUCAAAAAGAAAUAUGACCCUGACAACAAAUACUUCGAUGCUUUGGAAAAAGUAUUAUCCAAUUAUUAAUUUUCCAAUCGCGACGAAUACAGCUUCGAACAACGGGACGAACAAGUUUUAUACGAAUUUCAAGAAAUUUCAUCGAAACGUGUUUUCUUUUUUUCCUACUUCCCAUGUUCAUACUCCCUUUUCCGUUCACUUUACUUUUCGAGUUUACUUUGCAAAUUAAAAAUGUUUUUCUUGUC